UGUAGAUGUUGUGAAAUAAAAGUACAGACCUAGUCAUAGUGUACAGCGCCGUUCUCUAAUCUAUAAUCUAUUUUGACAUUUGUGGAUUAUUGAUUUGACUAUCUUGAAAAAAUACUGAGAAAUGCAUACAAAGAUUGUAAUCAUUUUUAUAAUAUCGUAAGUAAAUUACCGUAAGAGUUAAAUCAUGUAAUGAUUAUCAAAAACAGCACAAUAUUUUGCUCUUGAAGUCUCAUGAACUAUUGGCUAAGGCAAAGCUGAAUAAUCUUCGUGUAUUUAAUAUGCGGCAUUAGUUUAUAAGAGUCGCGAUGGCGGCAGACACUGCUGUAACAUCCAGUCCCGAGGAGACACUUGCAUCCCUUGUUAGAGAAGCAGAAGCGCUUAAGCAAAAGUUGGAAGAAGAACGACAGAAAUUAAACGAUGUUACAUUAUCCUGUGUAGCAGAGCGCCUGGAGCCUAUAACAAUAAGUAACUUGAAAGUGCGGCGCAUCUUAAAAGGACACCAAGCUAAGGUGUUGUGUUGUGACUGGUCACCAGACAAACGGCACAUUGUGUCUUCAUCACAGGAUGGCAAACUGAUAGUGUGGGAUGCAUUCACCAGCAGUAAGGAGCUUACCAUUUCUAUGCCAAGUACUUGGGUGAUGGCUUGUGCAUACGCCCCAUCUGGAAAUAUGCUGGCAGCUGGAGGCCUGGACAACAAGGUGACCGUGUUUCCACUGGGCGGUAGUGGUGAGGAGGAGCCAGCAGCGCGCAAAAGAACUGUAGCAACACACACCUCAUACAUGUCGUGCUGCCUAUUCCCCAACACGGACCGGCAGAUGCUCACGGGCAGUGGCGAUGGGACCUGCGCUCUGUGGGAUAUUGAGUCUGGCCAACUCUUGCAAAGUUUUCAGGGACACGGCGCCGACGUUACGUCUAUUGAUCUGGCGCCAAGUGAGAUGGGUGACACCUUCGUGUCGGGUGGGUGCGACCGCGCCGUUCUGGUGUGGGAUAUGCGUUCGGGACACGCCGUGCAAGCGUUCGAUGCACACCAAUCGGAUGUAAAUAGCGUGCGCUUCCACCCAGCCGGUGAUGCGUUAGCGAGUGGCUCGGACGACGCCAGCUGCCGGCUGUUCGACUUGCGGGCUGACAGGGAAGUUGCGCGUUAUGGCCGCGAGAGUGUGAUCUUCGGCGCUAACUCUGUGGAGUGGUCGGUAAGUGGGCGCGUGUUGUUCGCGGGCUACGGGGACUACACGGCGUGCGCCUGGGAUGCUCUUCGCGGCUCGAGGCUGGCGCUGUUGCCCGGCCACGAGCACCGCGUAGCUGCGGUACGCCUUGCGCCCGAUGGCACCGCUCUUGCCACAGCCUCGUGGGACGCCACGCUGCGCAUUUGGGCCUAGAUAGGCGGUGGCUGUCUAGAUGCACUAUUCAAAUCAUCGUUUCCACCUGAAUAGCUGAGGCCGAAAUUCUUAGAAAUAUAGCUUACUAUUGGACAAAAUUUACAUAAACCCACACAUGUAAUCUUUUACAUGCCUGUCAGUUUUAACUAGAUGAUGUUGUUAUUGAUCGUUUGUCCAUUUAAAUUGUCAUAUCUGAGGUGACAGCUCCGAACUCUUUUGAUUCAAAUUAGAUAUGUCGCAGCCAACUAGAUUAAUAAGCCAAUUAACAGCCUAGCCUUUUAACUUGAUUUGAUGAUGUUUCAUUACUUGCCUAGUCUUGAAACUCUUCAAACUGUCAAUAUGGCGUCAGCAAACUACAACUGAUUGUGUUUUCCAAAGACUUAUGAAAAACAACAAAAGUGACAAUAAAAUGUGAAUUUGACUCAAGCAAUUUAAUUUUAAAAGAAAUAUUUUUUUGUCAUAUCAUAUGUUUGAUCUAUUGUAUUUCUGCCAAAUAAUGACUAUUGUAUGACCUAAGCAUUAGCAGUAACAAACGCUGACGGAGCUGACGGCGUACGGCUGAAUAUCUUUAAGGCCGCUAGUUAAAAGGCUAGGAUAUUAAUUAAACGGCGAAUUAAGCUAGAUAGGCUGCGACAUAUAUUACCAAGUCCUCUUAAUUAUUCAAUAUUUAGAUUUUUUAAUAAAAUGUCAUCUUUAACAUUAGUAUCAGGUGAGCGUUUACAAAUUAAAGUGGUUUAUUUGAUUUCGAUAAUAGCCGUAAAAAAUUCCAUAACUCGUUAUAUAUGUUAAAGAUCUGUGAUUAAUCUAAUAAUAUUGUUAUUUUCUGUGACACCAACUGAAGAAUUUUUGUGUCCAAAACCCUCUCUGUCUAACCGUGCUUAACCAUCUCAGAAUAAAUGAACCUUUUUUUUUUGGUCUAUGUAAGACUAUGAACAUUCCUUUUAGUCAAAUGUUCAAUUUCAGAGCAUCUUUACUUUAUAGAUUCACCAAAGUUUCUGUUGUGUUGUUCUUUCUACUAGUGUAAUAUUAAGUUAAUAUUGUGAGAGAAUCUUAUGUUGUUUGUGUAUGAUAGUCUAGAGAUAGCCAAAACAAUGCGUUUAAAAACGUGAUAAUUUCCGAUUAAGUCUUAGUUUUAAUAUAAUUAUAAUAUUUAACUUUAAUAAUCUCUCGAAAAAAAUAUAUUAAAAAUGAUUUUGUCGUGAAUUGUAGAUCUUCAUAUAAUGAAGCAGUCGCAAAACGUAAUUCAGAAUUUGACAAUUACAUAGUGUUGAAAAUGAAAAGUACUUAAAUUUCAAUAGCAAGAUAUUGCGGAAAUAAUUUUGCCGGAAAUGAGCAACUGAAUAUAUGUUAAUAAACAAGCGAUUACUUUUUUAAUAUCUACGUGAUGUUUCCUGAGAUCUGUAUGUUUACUGUGUUCUCUGAAUCUCUCUCAAUUUGUUUCCUUGUGUACCUAUCAGACAGAAGCUCGUUAAGCCAAAUGUAACCAGUAAAGAUUCGUUACCUAUCUUAAUGAUUAUUCCGUAUUGUAUAUUUUAAAAUUUAAAGAAUGUUAUAUGAAAAGCCCAAUUGUGUAGUAAAAAUAAAGUGAAUGUUGAAUGACUUA